ACCGGCUUCAGACACCCUUUUUUGUUUACUCUUUCCCAACCUUUUCGUGUUUUUUUUUUUGUUUUUUUUUUCAGAUGUGAUUUCUUGCCAUCACCCUCAUGUGUCUGACUCCUGCGCGCUCCACCCCGCCUGCCGGAGUGGAGGAGCGCUGGACCGGAGAGGCGCACAAGGAGGAGAGCUGAUGUGGCGCGGUAACAACAGAAACAGCUAAGACUAACUCAAUUACAACAUUUAUUUACGGAAACGACUUUAGACAACAGGGAACCACUGCACUACUUUCCUUCUUGUUUGUUUUGUUGAAUAAUAGUUUUAAGUAAGACUGUUUGCUCUAUAAUUUCAAAGUGAUGCCAGGUCGUUUCGCAGUGUUACUGGACUUAAUGCAUGUGCGAUUUCUUCUCUGCAGUCCACUGAUCAACCUCUUACACCUGACUCUUAGCAAUGGUCCUUGAGGAUCACAUUUCAGCGCGACGCACUUAUCCAACUAUUGGGCUUUCUGGCUUUCACAGCCGUGUCUUGAUUUACAGAUAACUUUUGAAGCUUGACCAAGCUACCGAGACUGCAAAAACAACCCAGAAGGCAUGGUUUCAGCCAGCACGAGGAGUGUUUUAGGACUUUAUAUGUUUUAGUUUACUUUUAGACAAAACAGAGUAUGAUCCAUUGGUGACAGAAGAAACAGUCGCGACAGAAAAAAAAAAAAAUGCUUGGAAGUCCAUCCAACAACGGCGGCCUCAGAAUGCUCGCGCCCCCGGCCCCGAGCGACGACAGGCGGGUAGAGUUCGUGGCGCUCACCGCUGUCCAGACGGAGCGGAGCGAGCCGUCCACGCCGGAGCGCGGACACCCGUCUCACCGCACGGGGCUCCUGGGCACCCCGCUGCCCGGACCGCCCGGACCCCGGGCCAACGCGUCCGCCUCAAGUAAGCGCUUCAGAAAGUUGCAAAACUUCCUUUACAACGUGCUAGAGAGACCAAGAGGAUGGGCAUUCAUCUAUCAUGCAUUCAUUUUCCUGCUGGUGUUCAGCUGCUUGGUGUUGUCUGUGUUUUCAACUAUCCCUGAGCACCAAAAGAUGGCCAACCAAGGCCUCUUCAUCCUGGAGUUUGUAAUGAUCGUGGUGUUUGGCUUGGAGUACUUCAUCAGGAUCUGGGCAGCUGGCUGUUGUUGCAGAUACAGGGGAUGGCAGGGACGCCUGAGAUUUGCCAGAAAGCCCUUCUGUGUCAUAGACUUCAUCGUGUUUGUGGCAUCGCUAGCUGUGAUCGCUGCAGGGACACAGGGCAACAUCUUCGCCACGUCAGCCCUGCGCAGCAUGCGCUUCCUGCAGAUCCUGCGUAUGGUUCGGAUGGACCGACGGGGAGGCACCUGGAAACUACUAGGCUCUGUGGUUUAUGCUCACAGCAAGGAGCUGAUUACAGCCUGGUACAUAGGUUUCCUGGUGCUCAUCUUUGCCUCCUUUCUUGUCUACUUGGCUGAGAAAGACAUCAACUCAGAUUUUGGCACCUAUGCAGAUUCCCUCUGGUGGGGGACUAUAACUUUGACCACAAUUGGCUAUGGUGACAAGACCCCUCGUACGUGGCAGGGGCGACUUCUGGCUGCUGGCUUUGCCCUUCUGGGUGUCUCCUUUUUUGCCCUACCUGCUGGUAUCCUAGGUUCAGGCUUUGCCUUGAAGGUUCAAGAGCAGCACCGACAGAAGCACUUUGAGAAGAGGAGGAUGCCUGCUGCAAAUCUCAUACAGGCUGCAUGGCGUCUCUACUCUACAGAUGCCAAACACUCGUAUCUCACAGCGACAUGGUAUUUCUACGACAGCAUGUUACCUUCAUUCAGAGAACUGACGCUACUGUUCAGUCACCUCCAGCGACAACGUAACACCAAGAAGGUUCUGCAGAACUCCUACCACACGCUGCUGUCUGGGCUCCGGCCCUACAGCUCCCCCUAUCUGUCGGGGGACAGCAGUAAAAUGGGUUUCCGGGAUCGAAUCCGGAUGAACAACUCCCGUUCAUCCCAAACCAUCCGGAACAAGGCCUCACCUCUGCCCCCCGGCUCCGGUGUCCGCCGCUCCCCUAGCCAGGAGAACGUCCCUGAAGCCACCAGCCCUGGCAAGGUCCAAAAGAGCUGGAGCUUUAACGACCGAACGCGUUUCCGCACCUCCCUUCGCCUUAAGCCACGUCCACCUGUUGAUGUGGAGGGGGUUGGAGAGGAAGGCCUGGAAGACAAGUCGUAUUGCGAUGUGGCCAUGGAUGAGGUGAUUCCAGCUGUGAAAACGCUUAUACGAGCUGUCAGGAUCCUGAAGUUCCUUGUGGCAAAGAGAAAAUUUAAGGAGACACUGCGUCCAUAUGACGUGAAGGAUGUCAUAGAGCAGUACUCUGCAGGACACCUGGACAUGCUGGGCCGCAUCAAGAGCUUGCAGAUGAGGGUGGACCAGAUAAUUGGACGAGGAGCUGUUCAGCCGGAUAAGAAAGCACGUCCUGAAAAAGGAGAGAAGACCCCUCCAGAACUAGACCUGCUGGAUGAGCUCAGCAUGAUGGGCCGUGUGGUCAAAGUGGAGAAACAGGUACAGUCUAUAGAAAACAAGCUGGACCUCAUGCUCAACCUCUACUCCCAGUGCUUGAAGAAAGGCUCCUCCCACGUCACGUUGUCCUCCCUCCUAGACCCCGACCUGACAUCUGACUACCACAGCCCCACGGACCGAAGAGACCUCUUCCCAUCCGCUAACACACUCAACAUCUCUCAGUCUGACAGCGGGAACUUGGAAUGACAAUGAGCCGACUGUUUGGACACAGAAACCCUUUACAGUAUGUCCUCCUUUGGCUGAGUCCUCUCUCUGAGCAGCCCGACAUGCCAGUCUUCCCCAUUAAAUCAGAGCUGUCUAUGAUUACCCCUCCCUAUCUCAAAUCUCCAUUCCUCUGCCCUUUUUCCUGGAGGUGAUCAGACAGUGGCCACCAGCUGGCUCCAGCUGAUGAGGAGCCUCAGCCAAAGCUGCUCACCGCACACGCCUGUCAACUCACUGGAUGAGGAAGUUACUUGACUACUAAAGUAGUCUCACCCACUCACAUCAUGCUGUAUAUCUAUACCUACUUUAAAAACUUUAAUAGUAGACAGAUUGUGGAAAGUCGUUUUGCAAAUAUUUAGAGGAAUUUUCUCAUUCCUCUUUAUUAUCCAGUUUUAUUUUCUCUUGGGCACUUGAAUCGACUGACAGUCAUUUGAUAAGAAAGUUGCCAUUCUGACUUUAGGGUGAUAACACAGGUUUAUAUGUUGUGAUGAAUGUAGCUGUUCCUUUGUGCAAGAGAAACUUCCAAACAAAAACAAGAGCCAUCGACCCCUUUAAGAAAGUGCACGGUUGGACCUGGAUCAGCCGCACCGGCACAAGGUCCCACCCAAACAAGGGAAAUUCUGUUUUCCACAUCUUACGUUAAUCACCCAAACAUGUCACUUGAGAAGAGAGCGAAAAUAAUGUGCUGGAUUGACUGUGGAUUUGGACUGUAUUUUAGUGUAUAUUAUAUAAAAGUCUGGACUCCAACAAGCCCAACUGCAAAAAAAAACAAAAACGUUUCCAGCUUUGUUGGAAUUGUAUUGAGGAUUAUGUAGGAUUUAAUAGAGCCAUGGUGUCUCGUUGUAAUUCCCAAAUCUCUCUUUUGCUAUUUUUCCAGGCUACUGUACAAACUAUGUGCAUUUUAGUGACCUAAAUCUAUGGUUUUUUUUAAACAAAAACUCUAAAUGUCCCUGUCUUGCAGCCCACACUUCUGCCAUAUUUAUUCAUUUGACUUGCCUUUAAAGGGAUAAUCCAGAACUUUUGAAGUGAAGUUCUGUUAAAAUGUCAUAAAUAUUUAAUAUAUCUGCAGUAUAUCACUUUCUUGGUGUCUUUGGUUAGUAUAGUGCUUGAUGUUUGGACCCAGAAGCUAAAGCAGAGGUAUGUGUAAUUUAGCUAAUCUCCAUACUAAUACCUAAAUCUAUAUCUAUUGUAUCUACCUAUUGGAAUGGGUUUGACAGCAAAAACCAAAAUAAUCAGUUUUUUUUUUUUAUAAUGUUAAAUAAAUGUUUGCUGUAAGGGGUUAAAGAUGUACAGAGUGGUUGUAACUAGCCAAAAAAGGAAUUAGGUUUACUAUUAAACAGUCUAAGAUCUAUACAGUUACGAACAAUUAAGUUAAGAAAAACAAGUUAUAAAGACAAAUCUGCCCUCUGGUUAGUACCAAGGAAGUUUACUAAAAUGAAGGUUCAAGAAUAACACACAUCAUUCUGAUCUAAGGAUCUGUCAGUUUAUCUGCAGCCCAAGGAAAGGGAUUUUAUCAUCUGAUCGAAUUGUAAUACCAUCUUUAAUCAGAAAAAGGAAAGUAAAAAACAGGAAGAAUGAAACCCAAAUUCAGAGCUAGCUCUAAACUGUUAGCUUUCAGCACCAGAACCACCACAGAGAAAUUGUGUGUUCUUUAUUAUACAUUGGGCAUUUGAAUCAUCUUUGUUACUAACCUUUCCAUUCUGUCAUUAGGUUGGCAACAUUGUUUAUGUUGUGAUGAAUGUAGCUGUUACUUGGUUCUAAAUCUGGCUGUUGUUUCACUCAGGAAACCGUUUGGACCUCUGCAGGUGUGCGGUUGACAGCUGUUGUUUUGACCAGAAGGUCACUCUGACUCUGGCGGGCUGUCAGCUCUGGUAGAGUUCAUUGGAUGGCUGAGAGGUUCUCUAUUUACUACAGUUAAGGUCAAAAGUAUUCAUACCCUGUUAGCUAUGGAGUUACAAUUAUUUUAAUUUAACCAGGAAGUCUGGUUUUGACAGGAAAUGUGACAAGCAUAGCUUAAAAGAAUACAGAACAAUGUAAAAGAAGUUUCAGUUUUGAAACAAAAGUUAAAAAAAACUAUUUGCUUUUAUCAAAAAUGGAUAAAUGAAAUAAUUAUAUACACUUCUGAAUAAUCAUGGGAAAAACCUUAAUUUUCAUUGCAUCAGUCAAACUGUCUUAUAAUGGCUGACAUGUUUUUUUCGUACUUCCACUGGUAUUUGGAUGAUUUAUCUUAAGAAAUGAGCUCCAAGUCUUUGAGGCUGGAAGGCCUCCUUGACAUCACCCUAAUCUUUACCUCCAUCCACACAUUCUUUAUCAGAUUCAAGUUAGAACCCUGGCUGGGCCACUAUAAAACGUUAAUAGUACUUCCGUUAAGAGGAAACAUAUUGAUAAAAUGUAAAGAUCACUUUAAUAUACUUUUAUAUUGCAAAGUGUAUGACGCAAACAGUGUCAUACACUAUGCUAUAUUGCAACCGAAACAGGAAUGUUGAUCAGUUCUUUCUAUCCUAGUUAUAUUUUGGUUAUUCUGGUCCUUUCCUUUCUCUACCCAGCUUGUAAUGAGGCCAGAGGUGGAGACACCACAAUCAACCAAUCAGAAGCAGAUUUAGGGUAACAAGUUAGUAAAAUAAUAAUAAUAAUAAAUCGGAUUUCUAAUUAGGCUAGUUAUAACAGGAGUAUCAUGACUGGGUCUGUUUUCAAAUAACCAUUUUAAUUAGGUAAUUAUAUCAUUGAUUAAAACAGCAUUUACAUUUAGAGUUUAACACAAACAAUAAUCAACAUUUACAGUUAUGACUAAUCAUGAAUUUAUUUAAAGCUUCUUUGGCUCUCAAAUUUGCUAAAUUAAGCCAUCAACUUUAAUGAAACUUGUUUUUAGUCUCAUUCCUAAGAAGUCAAAACAGGUUCUGUUUGGCAUUUACAGUAUAUAAACGUUUUAAGCAUAACAACCUGCUAAGGUCACAUUCUUCCCAUGUUUUUAAGAUUUUUCUCAAGGUAUUUUGGUUGAUCUAAAGUCCAGCGAGGCCAUUUUGUAGCAACUUGAAGAAAACCAGUUCUUGUGGAUCAGAGGUCAAAUCUGAGGAAGCAUUUGCGUGCUGCAAAUCUAAAAACAACUUCAAACUGUGAUGCUUUAGAGAUUGGAAUAGUUUCAAGACAGUAGAAACCUGUUUUGGUUUCGCCCCCCCUAUCAAAAUACCUUUAACUUCAGCCUCUGGGUCCAAAAAAUCUGGAUUAAUACUAAAGAAAGAUGUCAAGAGAACUAUGUAUAUUACCUCCUUGUUACUGGUUAAAGAACAUCAAUUAAAGACACAGAAACAACCCUUUUUUACACUGGUUUUCAGCAUUCACAUCUGGACCUCAAGUCAGGUUCAGGUGGUACAGGCAGUCAGUAAUACUUCACAAACUCUGCAACACAAGGGCAGUGUUUACCUUCCUUCCUUAAUUGGAUGUCACAUGCACUUGCGAAAAGCUUAAGCCCAAUUGGGUGCAGUUUUAAACAAUGGAUGAUGCUUAAGAAAUCCAGGUCUAAUGCAUGAAUUACAGAUUGUUAUUAUCAGUAAUGCACGUGCCAAUUAGAUGCUUCAGAACAAAGGGUGUGCAGCCGAUCAUCAAAUUGAAUUUUUGCAGACAUAUGCUCAGUAACUUUUCCAUGUUGACAGACGACACUGGAGGGUGUAGAAACACACACGUGCAGAAUACAUAUGAACAAUGAAUGCAACCCCUUUACUUAAUCUACUUUGGCACUUGAUAAAUGGAAAACCAUUGUUGUGCUAAAUUUAGUUUUUCUGUGCUAAUUUACUUACUGUAAUUAUUCCCAUGCAUUUUAUAUCAUGAAACCUGUUAAAAAAGUUGUUUUUUUCCUUUUUUUAUUUUGUGGUUGCUAAUGUAUAUGUAGGAUUUGUGUUGAUAUUUUUCCUUAGACAUAAAUGCAGCAUUUUUAACAGAACGAUAAGUACCCACAGCUGAUCUGGUUCAUGCACAUUGAUGUUGUUUUUAAUGUAUGCGCAUAUUUCCUGCCUGCAACAGCAAAAAAAAAAAAAUAAUUACAUUCCCCUUCAUCCUGGUGUUUUUGUCCAGUGAAAAAUUCUUCCAUCCCCAGUCAGGUCUAGCUGAUUCAGGUGCUCCACUUUUCCAUUUAGGUGAGACUUUUAAACAGUGAAUGUACUUCAUCGCUUGGUCUGUUCAGAUCUAUUUCUGCUCCAGAGAUAGGUCUGAUCUCGAUGCUGAUGGCUCUCGAUGCUAGAGCUUGCUGCACCGUCCAAGCUUUUUGCUAAUUUCAAUGAAAAAUACUUGGAUAGCUUUAUUUCUAGUAUCUGAAUUACUGCAGAAAUGCCUGUUUAUUAGAGGCAGUGUUACCAAGAACAGCGCUGUCUUUUCUUUUUUACCUAGAAUGUUGAGCUUCAUGAUAAUUAAUGGAAGAUCACUUUAUUGCAUGUUGUUCUUUACGUGGCCCAGAACACACCCCCCGCCCCCCCAAAAUGUCUUCUAGAAAGAGCAUAAAAGCAAAUAACCUGUGCCUUCUUUGCCCUUAUUCUAUAAACGGUGUGGUGCGGCUUUCUAUCUCCUACGUUAAACAUUGGAAAUCCUUGGAAGUGGUUUCUUCCAUAGAAAUAACACACAAGAAUGCUUUUUAAUUUUUUUUGCAUAACCUUUAACUAAAGAAAAACUUUAUUGUGAAGAUUUAAUCUUUCACAACUGCUGUAAUUUUUUCUGAGAAUAUUACUGUAUUGUCAGCUUAUCAUCGUACCUCCAUAAACACCCAUACGGUAUUUUAACACCCUUUAGAUGUGGAGGCUGGAGGCAUGGACUUUUGUGUCAACAGGAAUCUCUGCAGGCAUGUGUGCUGUCAUAAGCAUGUCACAUUAGAUAUGAUUGGCUUCCACACAACUACCUCUGAGGCCACUAGGGGGCUCUAGUUUAGAAAACUGAUUAGGAGAAACAGUUAUUGUCCAACUGACUGAAUGCUAUGCAUGAACCAAUCUGCACGUUCUCUUAUCUAUUUGUGAUGUCCUACCAUCUGUCCAUCUUUUCACUGACUUGCUGCCAUUCGACAUUCCACCUCAUUACUCUUUCAGCUGCUUUUCUAUGGUAGGUUUUGGAGCUGUUGUAAGAAUAAAGCACGAACUGAACAAGCAAUAAGCAAAAUACUAACUCAACACAGAGUCUUCCAAGUCCAAAUGAUGGGGCAGUUGGCUAAAUAAAAUGCAAUGUUGGUUUGUUUUCUAAUCUAGCCUAUAUUUGAUCUUUUGAAGAGGUACAAAAUGUGUUUCUGCUGAUAAAAAUGUUUUAGAAAACUAACUUAUUAAUUUAUUUGUUUCAAUAAAGCUCUUUGGACUGUU